CGUGACAGAAUGGUAUCACAUGACAUUGCUGCCAACGGAUUAACACAGGAUGGGUUUGGAGAGUCAGAAUGGCGUAGGGGAUGUGGACAGAACUGGCAAAAGUGGGCAGGCUUGCUACUGACCUGCCAGCAUGAAUUCGUUGAGACAAGUCAUGUUAAUAAUUCAGGAGUUGGGAAGGAAGGUCCAAAAAGUACAGGGUCUUCGGCGGCGGUGGCACUGUUGCGUAACGUGAAGAUGAGGAGGGAGCUUGCUACGUGCACCAUGCAAGUGAAGGAGAAGCAGAGCAUUAGGACAGAGGUCACCCGGGGAAGAAAUGGAGUGCUCUUGCUUGACAAGGAGAUAUGUUUGAACAAGCCUGUUCGUCGGAGGAGCAGAGGGGGGCAGACAAGGAGGGAGCAGCUAGGGACGGAAGGGUACCAGGAGAUGGGCCGGAAGGGCGGGCUUAGCAUGGCCGACAGGGCUGGUGGCGAGCGGGCCGAGGAGGAGGGCAUUUCCAUUGACGAGUCCAAGUUUAGAAACGGGAGUUAG